AUGACAAUGACAGUAGAUCAUUUGACAUGUUGUUAGAAUUUUAAUUAAAUAAAUUUAAUAAAUGCGUAAAAUUGUAACUAUAAAAUUAAUAAAUAAAUUAUAUACAUAAACUUAAAUAAAUUUCAAUUUUUAUAAUUUCAUUAAAAUGUGCUUAACAAAUUUUACGUUAUUGAAAGCGUGACUGUUCUUCAGAGUAUUUUUUCUCAUGAAGUGCUUUAGCUAAGAAAAAUGUCUGAAAAGCCAGUGGUAGUGAGUGGCACCCAGCCAAUCGUCAAGAUUGGUCACUAUACCCUGGGUACUACCUUAGGAGUGGGUACAUUCGGUAAAGUAAAGAUAGGAGAACACCAAUUGACCAAGCACAAAGUGGCUGUGAAAAUCCUUAAUAGACAGAAGAUCAAGUCUCUGGAUGUCGUCGGCAAGAUUAAACGUGAAAUACAAAACCUUAAGCUGUUCAGACAUCCCCAUAUUAUAAAAUUAUACCAGGUAAUUUCAACACCCACGGACAUUUUCAUGAUUAUGGAAUAUGUUUCUGGUGGGGAGUUAUUUGACUAUAUAGUGAAACGAGGCAAACUCCAAGAGCAUGAAGCACGGAGAUUCUUCCAGCAAAUCAUCUCUGGGGUGGACUACUGUCACCGCCACAUGAUUGUGCACAGAGACUUGAAGCCAGAGAACCUGCUGUUAGACCACAAUAUGCAUGUAAAAAUUGCAGACUUUGGAUUGUCUAAUAUGAUGAUGGAUGGAGAAUUUUUAAGAACUUCCUGUGGAUCACCUAAUUAUGCUGCACCUGAGGUUAUAUCAGGAAAAUUGUAUGCUGGUCCAGAGGUAGAUGUUUGGUCAUGUGGAGUAAUUUUAUAUGCAUUGCUUUGCGGCACGUUGCCCUUCGACGAUGAGCAUGUACCAACACUGUUCCGGAAGAUCAAGUCUGGAAUAUUCCCCAUACCUGAAUAUCUAAACAAGAGUGUUGUUAGUCUACUAUGCAUGAUGUUACAAGUGGAUCCGAUGAAGAGGGCUAAUAUUGAAGAUGUAAAGAAACACGACUGGUUCCAGAAGGAUCUUCCUGGAUACUUAUUUCCGUCUCCUGUUGAACAAGACAGCAGCGUAAUUGAUACAGAGGCGAUAUCAGAAGUGUGUGACAAGUUCGGCGUGAAGGAGCACGAGGUGCACAACGCGCUGCUCAGCGGCGACCCACACGACCAGCUCGCGAUCGCGUACCAUCUCAUCAUAGACAACAAGCGCAUAGCUGACGAGGCCGCCAAGGCCGAAAUUAAGGAUUUCUAUGUGGCCAGCCAGGCGGCGGCGGCGGGCGCGGCGGCGGGCGGCGCGGCGGCGGGCGGCGCGGCGGCGGGCGGCGCGGGCGCGGCGGAGGCUGCGCGGCCGCACCCCGAGCGCAUCGCCCCGCUGCGGGACAGCGGCGCGCCGCCCGCGCACGACAAGGCGCAGCGCGGCACGCCCGUCAAGAGAGCCAAAUGGCAUCUUGGCAUCAGAUCACAGAGCAAACCAAAUGAUAUAAUGCUGGAAGUAUUCCGCGCUAUGAAAGCUCUCGACUACGAGUGGAAAGUCAUCAAUCCCUAUCAUGUUCGGGUACGGACUCUGAAUAAAAUGACUGAGAAGUAUGUGAAAAUGUCUCUGCAACUAUACCAAGUGGACUACAAGUCAUAUCUGCUGGACUUCAAGUCCCUGUCUGGAGAAAAAGAAGAUACGGACGAAGAAGCCGCAUCUCCUCUGGCACCCCCGCCGCCCCUCGCCCCUCCAGCGAGCGGACCCCCUCAGCCGACUGGUCACCACACCAUGGAGUUCUUUGAAAUGUGUGCAGCAUUAAUUAUACAACUUGCUCGAUAGAAUGUAUUUAGAAUUAGCAAGGUUGAUCAACUGUUUACACGCAACUUCUAUAUUUUGUCUCGGACAACUAAUUCUAACUAACAAAUAUCCCAGUUAUUGUAAGCCGUGAAUCCGUGAAGCCAUGAUCUAUCGAUCAUUGUGGAUCAUCAUCACAAAAUUACAUACUAUGCUCUAAACAUUGAGUACAUGAGUUAUUAAUUAAUUGUAAAUCAUGAAUACAAAGAUAUAACAUAUGUAGACCAUGAUUAUAUGUGUAUAUAUAUGGUGCCCAUAGUUGAUUGAGUCAUGAUCUGCAAUGAUUGGGCCAUAAUUCGUAAUUCUGUGAUUAAGGUUCAAAAUGGUGGACUCAUGGUUCACAGUAAGUAGCAUAUAGUCUGCUAUUAUUUACUCCUAGUCCGCAAUGAAUAUGUAUAAAUUUUUGAUUAUUUUGUUAGAUUAGGUCACGCAGACUUAUUGUAAAUGUAGGUAGGUAGUCUUUUAAAAAAAUAUUUUUGUUUUUUAAAACUUGACUAGAAUUAUGAGCUAAGCUCCAUAUACUAUAAUAUUCAAAAAUUUGUUUACCAUAGUAACAAGCAUAAUAUUGAUGUGAAUAUUAUAUAUUUCUUCUAUUUUAUCCUAUUUGGCAUAACACAUAAGUUAUAUAAAAGCAUAACUUUAUAAUACUAGAAAAAAAUUAAUAUCCAACCCUAAAUCCCAAGUGACACCAAGACUUUUAAGCAAUAUUUUAGGAAAGUAUUUAUUUAUUAAUAACCAGAUGUCUUAGAAAAAUAUAUACUCGUAUUUCAUUGUCUAUGAAAUAAGGCAAUUAUCCUCAUGUGUUGCCACUACAAUUACCUGUCAUUUAGAAAUGGUUUUAUUCGAACGUUUAUUGAAUGAUGGCAAUGCGUUCUAUCGAUAUAGUUUGAGUUUAUCGCAAAGUUCACUUGAUAAUUUUUCACUAUUUCUUACAAUUUUAGAUUUAAUACAUUCCCAUAGUGUUGAUAACAUACACAGAUAUAUAUUAAAAUAAUAGCUACAUAUGCAUGUACUUUGCAUAUCAAUUAUGAACCCUAAAUGAGAUGCAAUACAGCUUAGAUUUCGAUACCUUCGUUAUCUAUAUAAAAAUUAUACUUAAAAAAAAAUAGAGAAUUUGCAUAAGCGACAGAGUGGAUACUUUGUAAUACACUUAGCUUACAUAUAAGUUGAGGUAUUUACAGCGUCGAUUUCAAUGAAAUAUAGAAAGUAGUAAUAUAAAUACAUGUAUACUACAUACAAUUGAAAUAUUAGCAAAUAUUUUCUUGCAGUGUCCAAUAUAUAUGUAUAUACAGAAAUUUGUGUCGCCUAAAAAUAAUAUUUAAUCUUUACUAAUAUUCUUAAACUGUCCUGAAGAUUUGAAAUUACUGCAAAAUAUGGCAAAUGUAUAAUAUUAACAUUAAGACUAACUUAUUAUCUUGAAUAAAUUAUUUAUAAAAUCAGCGGCCUUAUAACAGUUUAUUUUUAUAGCAAUAAAUGGUAAAGGUUAGCUGUGUAAUUGAUUAGAGAACAUGGAAAGUAGAAUAGACUAACGCAUUAAUGUUUUAAACAUAAAACAAUGUACAAAUUUAUAUUUUAUUACUGUACAGCUUUAUUUGAGUGUGUAGUGUGUAUAUAUACAAGGUAUAGCGGAAAGCAUAUAACGGUCGAUUCCCAGCAAUAGCGUCUGUUCGAGUAUGAAAAUAAUUUUGAAUCAAUUAUGGCCGUUUUCACCGGCCUCUAGAUAAGAAUAAAAUAUAGUGCGGUAACUACGUGUCUGAGAUAGAGAAAAAAUGCCGCGUAAUUUUGUGAUACCGAAGAGGCCGAUGCGAAGUUACUUAAAGUGCCUUGUGAGUGAAUCUUUUGCCUUGUGAGUGAAUUUUUGUAUGUUACUCUUAAAUAUUCUGUGGUUUUCGGUUGUGCCCCCAGAUGUCCGUUGUCGGAUUUCAAUUAAUACAAAAUGCUUAUACAAUCCGCGCGGAGUUGGUAUAUUUUCAAAAAUAUUUUCAUAUUUCGACUAAUGUCCCUUGAAGAAAGUUGUUUAGUACUAUAACUGGGUUUAGAAUUAUUAUAUUCUUUUCAUAAUAUUCUGUAUAUAGUAUAGUUGCCAGUUUUAGUUCUGUUAAUAAUUAACAUUUCUCAAACAACAA